CGAGCUAUCCAGCGCUCGCUAAUUUUUUGUAGUGAGCAGAUGCUCAACUUUUUCCUCUGUUUCCGCAGUGUCAUGAUUUCCGUUUCCCUCCUAAAUUUAGUUUCCAGGCAAAUUGUGAUUGUUGCUGCUGUCAUUCCCGACUUUGGGUUCUCUUUCUGGGGGUUCCGUCCAUCUGGGCAACCGUUAUGGGGGAUAUUGAACGUCCCGAGUCUGGAGGAGAGCCACAAACUGGAAUUAGAGCUCUGCUGCCGGACAGAGAGUUCGUCACCUCUCGGAAAGGACUGCUGCUUAUCUCUGAAGUGGCUGUGUCAUUCAUAACAUUCAUCUGCUUUGUGGCUUCAACUUCUGCUGCCUUUGUGACUGCACCUCUCAUUGAAUUCCUGAUGGCUUUGUUCAUACUCUUUGCUUACUCUACCAAGUUGAACAAACGCUUCAAAGGUUUCCUGUGGCCAUUAAUGGACUUUCUGCGUUGUGUUAGUGCUUCAGUUAUAUACUUUAUUAUUUCCAUUAUUGCAGUUUCAAAAUAUAAAGAUGCAGCAUCCAAAGCAGCCGGGGUAUUUGGCUUUAUAGCUACAAUAGUGUUUGCAUUAGAUUUUUAUAUCAUCUUCAAUGACUUGGCCAAUUUUCUCAAGAAGGGCGAUACUACUGACGAGCCUGCUGAAGGUGAGGAAGACUCUGACUCCGAUUCUGAUUAAUAUUGGAAAUGAAAUAUGCAGGACAAGAACACUUAUUUUUGGAGUUUAAUUGUACUCCUAUACUCCAGCUCAUCCAAUGGGAAAAUGAAACAGCUGAUGAAGCAAACCAAAAACAAAACAACCAUAAAAUCUACAGACCACAGUGAACCCUUACAGCUUAAAGCAAACCAUUUUUUUUAUUUAAUAUGACUGUACAUUUUCUACAAAAAUAACAGCUAUGGCAAGUCAGUGGUAAGUUUGUCAAAAUAAUAAUCACUUCAAAAAUUCUGAAGUUAGUAAUUUGAAAGACAACAGAUUAAACGCAACUUCAAAUUUUAAAAUUAAAAUUAUUUAUUAAUUUUAAUUUUUUAUUGUUCAUUUUAUUAAAUGAAUAAAAAUCCUACACUACA